AUGGCUGCGUACGGAGGCAGUUUUGAAAGUGUCAACAGCAUCGAAGAAAACAAGGCGUUUAGGCGGAAAGCGCGUCAGGAGGUUUUGGAAAAGGCCAAGCAGCAGUAUGAGAAAGAGGAGAAGAGGAAGGAGCUGAAAAGACAGAGGGGAGAGGACACUUGGAUGCUCCCUGAGGUCAACCAACGUCUGCAGCAGAUUGAACAGGAGGCCUCUGUCAAGAGCAAAAAGAAGAAAGAUAAGAAGUCUAAAAAACAUAAGAAGGAGAAGAAGAAGGCAAAGAAGCACAAGAAGAAAGCUGAGACAGAAGAUGGGCCCAGUGACAGCUCAGAGGACUCAGAUGAGGAGUGGGUUGAGUCUCGGCCCAAGAUGGAAGCUCCUAAACCAUGGCAGAUUUCUAAUGAGGCCAAGCCCACAGAGAGCAGCGUUAACCCAGACCAGAAAGUCCAGAGAGAUGAGUGGAUGACCUUUGACUUCCUGACGAUGAAAACAACAUCCACAACAGAGAAACGGGCAGAGAAAGAACGACUGAAAGAGGAGGAGAGAGCCAAGGCUCAGGCUAUUGAAGAGGCUGGACUGCAUAAGCUGGAGCUGAACCCAUACUGGAAGGAUGGAGGGAGUGGUCUUCCCCCAGAGGAGAAAGCUGAUACUACAGUAAAAAGAGUGACAGUCGUAGAAGACGGUGGCCUGGGCUGGCUGCGGAAGAGCUACCAGAGGAUGAGGGAGCAGGCGGAGAAGGAGCAGCGCAACCUCCGUGACGUGGUAGCUGAAAGAUAUGGGUCCAUGGAGCAGUUUCAGAAGCGACUUGCAGAGGCUGAGAAAGUGGCAUGUAGACAGAGGACAGAAGCACAGGGGAGUGGGGGGUGGAGAAAAGGCAAGGGGGAGGAAAGGGAGAGAUGGAGGAUAAGGGACGGAGAAGGGGCAGAGAGAGAAAGGUCGAGGACAAAUGAGAGCGAAAGAGACUCAUCACCUAAAGACAAAGAGAGACACCGUGAUAGAAGAGAGGAGGAGUGGGAAGAUAAGAGAAAUCAAGACAGGGAGCAAGAGAGAAGCAGAGAUGGAGAUCGGUAUAGAGAAUGGCACAGAGAAAGGGACAGAGACAGAGAGAGAGAGCGAAACAGAGAGAAAGACAGAGAAAGGGAUAGAGAUGAUGACAGAGAUAGAGAUAGAGAUGGUGAUAGAGACAGAGAGAGAGAGAGAAACAGAGAGAAAGACAGAGAAAGGGAUAGAGAUGGUGACAGAGAAAGGGAUAGAGACAGAGAGAGAGAGAGAAACAGAGAGAAAGACAGAGAAAGGGAUAGAGACGGUGACAGAGAGAGGGAUAGAGACAGAGGGAGAUAUAGGGAUGGAGAAAGGGAGCGAGAUGGAGAUAGGCCUCGAGCUCCAAGCAGACCUUCAUGGGAACCCCACAGGGAGAGCUUCCCACCUGGCCGAGGUCAAAGUCUGUCUCUCUUAUCUGGAUCCUUAAAAGGCCGUUUCCUCAAGCCCUCAGAAGACGACGACAGUAGUGGAGCUGCAGCUCCAGCUAAGCUGUCUGCAGGAUUCCUGAAACCCAGCUCUGAUGAUGAGGGCGAUCAGAAGAUCAGCGUUCCAGCCUGGAAGAAGAGUAGUGUUCCUCCUAAGGAAUCCCAUGUUCCACGAAAACUGGAAGAGGAGAGUGAAAAAGAUGCUGGGAAUACUCCAACAAAUCCUCAAGAGGCCCACAGUGGUGACAGAGCUACAGUUGCAUCAGAGAAACCAAGGAGUGAAAGUGAAAGUGAGGAGGAGGAAGAGGAGGAGGAAGAAGAGGUUCCACUGCUGACAGAUGAGGAGAUGAACAAGCUGGGAGCCAAGCUGGUGAAGGCAGAGAUCAUGGGUAACACGGCGCUGAUAGAGAAACUGAAAUCCCAGAUGGAGUGUGCUCGUAAAGCCAAGGAGAACCACAGCGCCCGACAAAAAGAAAGAGAAGCAGCCAAGUCAAAGCAGGUGCCGGGGUGCUUGCAGGAUGAGCAGGAAGUUAUUCUGUUCAGAACGGACCAUUCGGGCCGCGCCUGGCCUGUUAAUGCCCCCUCUGGACCUCAGGAGCCACGUGGAGGAAGGAGGAAGAAGAAACUGAUUGAGACUCACGUUGAUGGGAACCGUGUGCGGUACUUCCAGGAUGAUGACAACGUGGGUCUGCAGGAAAUGGUCAGGAGGGAAAAGAUGAGCUCAGCACAAGACCAGAACGCCCUAUACUCCAGAAUGGCUGCUAGGAUGAUGGGGAAGACAGACGGCGACAACUACACACUGGAUGACAUGUUUGUGUCGAGCGCAGGGCAGCGGGAAGGCGAGGGGAAGGAGGAGGAGAGGAUGAGGAGCAGGGCCAUGGGGGAACACAGGAGGCUGGCUGCCUCCAUGGAGAAGUGCCAGCACUGCUUCAGCAGCCAAGAGCUCCAGAAACACCUCAUAGUGGCAAUAGGGAGCAAGGUGUACUUAAGUCUGCCAGGAGGCGUGUCCAUGACGGAGGGCCACUGUCUCAUCUCUCCGCUGCAGCAUCACUGCUCUGCCACCGGAUUGGACGAGGACAUCUGGUCAGAAAUCCAGUUGUUUCGGCGGGCUUUGGUGCGCACAUUUGAGUCCCAGGAUCUGGACUGUGUAUUCAUGGAGACGCACAUUAACCCACGCAGACGACAGCACAUGGUCCUGGAAUGCAUUCCUCUCCCCAGAGAACUCGGGGACAUGGCACCCAUUUACUUUAAGAAAGCCAUCAUGGAGUGUGACGAGGAGUGGGCCAAUAACAAGAAGGUUGUCGACCUCUCGGCGAAAGACGUCCGUAAGGCUAUUCCUAGGGGUUUGCCCUACUUUGCUGUGGACUUCGGCCUUCAGGGGGGUUUCGCUCACGUCAUCGAGAAUGAACACAAGUUCCCCCACUACUUUGGCAAGGAGAUUAUAGGUGGCAUGAUGGACUUGGAGCCUCGCCGCUGGAGGAAGCCGAUCAGGGAGAACUUCGACGAUCAGAGGAAGAAAGUCCUGCAGUUCUCCCAGUGGUGGAAAGCGUUUGACUGCACCAAGUCUGAUGACUGACUGAACGCGCAUGCACACCAACAUUUACAGAAGGUCACCACGAGUAUGCCAAGGAGUAAAACCGUACGAACGCAUCAAGGCUGGCAGUGAUGUAGACAAAGGAAGACACACAUAGAGACAAACACAGAGUCAUUGUGGGUACUUGUUGCUACCGAGUCAUUGGAGCUUCUGGAUUGGAAAAAUACCAAAAUACCGACAAAUACAGAAAGAUCUGGGUAUAGAGAGGCAGCAUACUUACCAACACAUUCUUCCAUUAUUCCAAAUGUGAUGUCAAGCUGUGUGACUGUAUUAAGUGUGAGAUGAUGUUUUUACUUUAACGAAGCAAACAAUUAAAUU